UGGUUCUUUAACGAGUGGUGUCAUAUGUCAACCCGUGUCAACUGUAGCGUCACGUUUGAGUAAUAAAGGAAGUAGCUCCUACUAGCUAGGUGAUUACCAACGGCAGAGAAAUACUGCUCCUACAACAGAUCUCACAUCGAAGCUGUGUGUGGAGAGGGUAAAGAUGGAGGUGCCGUCCUACCAGUCUAAGCUGCUGUGUGAGCUGAACGAGCAGCGGAAGCGGGACUUCUUCUGCGACUGCAGCGUCAUCGUGGAGGGGAGGGUCUUCAAGGCGCACCGCAACGUGCUAUUCGCCGGCAGCGGCUACUUCCGGGCCCUGCUGGUCCACUACCUGCAGGACAGUGGCCAGCGCCACAGCACGGCGUCCCUGGACAUCGUCACCUCCGAGGCCUUCUCCCUCAUCUUGGACUUCCUGUACUCGGGCCGGCUGGACCUGCGCAGCGACAAUGUCAUCGAGGUGAUGUCAGCGGCCAGCUACCUGCAGAUGACCGACGUGGUCAGCUUCUGCAAGGCCUACAUCCGCUCCUCUCUGGAGAUCUGCAACCGAGAGAAGGAGAAGGAACGAGAGAGGGAACGAGAGAGGGAGAGAGAGCGGGAGAGGGAGAGGGAAAGAGAGAGGGAGAGGGAGGGCGUGGCAGACAGUGGGUCUCCGGCUGAGGCCUCCAAUGCCUCCACCUCCCAGACGGACGGAGGUGACCACUCCGGGUCGGACAUGCCCAGCUCAGCCAUGCCCUGCUCAGCGUCCACCCUCCCGCUCGACCCGGCCACACCCCUGGCCCCCAGUAGGGACUCGGAGAGCGAGAGCUCCCGGGGGGAGUUCCCCAGCUUUCACCCUGUGGACUUGGCCAUCAAGAGCAGCCAGGGGGAGAAGGUUAACUCCUCCUCCAGGUUCCUCCUGGGGCUGGUCCACCCUAAGACAGAGUUUGACCCUGAUGAAGAAGGGGAGGGCUCGCCAGGGCCAAAGGACAUGCCCCUGUGCCAAGCCCCGCCCGAUGAUGAUGACAUACCCCACCCUUCCAGCCACACCCCUGGAAGCGAGCCGUCCUCCUUGCACUAUGAUAACUACCACAUGAAACAGUUCCUGGAGGUGUUUCUCAGGGGGGGCUCAGAUCCACGGCGGGAGGAGCUGGCCCAGCACUUUGCCCAGGGUUUUGGGGGUGGGGAGGGGGCCAGCCGCUUGGAGGAGGGGCUGGGGCUCGGGGGCUCUUCCAUCAUGGAGAUCCAGAGCGAGUGGUAUGGUGAAGACACAGGUGAUGGAAUGGUGGUGCCGGUGAAGCUGCACAAGUGCCCUUUCUGCCCCUACACAGCCAAACAGAAGGGCAUCAUGAAGAGGCACAUCCGCUGCCACACGGGGGAGAGGCCUUACCCCUGUGAGACCUGCGGCAAACGCUUCACCCGCCAAGAACACCUGCGGAGUCACUCCCUCAGCGUGCAUCGCUCCAGCUGGCCCAUUGUGUGUAAGGGGUGUCGGCGCACGUUCACGGGACCGGUGUCACACGGGCUGAAACGAUUCGGCCUCUGCGACGGCUGCACCUGUGUCACCACCACCCAGGACGACUCCGUCCCCAUUAAUCUCAGCAGCCAAUCGGAGGGUGCGGAGCGCAGCGAUGGGGACGGCGACUGGCCGAUGUACAUGGACGAUGCGGAGGAGGCGGAGCCCAGCGGUGGAGACGAUGACCCAGAAGACAAGCAGGAGCUACAAAGGCAGCUCACAGAGAAUGAGGGUCUAUUAUAGGGUGGUGGAAGUUAACUCUCCCUCCGUUCCCCAGCUACACCAACAAUUAAAAAUGAGAAGUUGAGGCUGGCCACAGCAGCCAGGGACAGGAAGUGGGAGGAGUGGAGAGGAGAAAAGGGUAGGGGCGUGAUAUCAUGAGGGCGUCCACAGGACGCGUCCAAUCAGGGCUGUGGAAGGGGGCCAAAGAUGUGAUGUUACUACUUGACCAGGGGGAGUUUUUUUCCUCCAUGUUAAGGGUAAAGUGGGGUCAGCCUUGGAUUUUUCCACAGCGUAUUACUGAAGGGAAGAGCAGGGCACGAGUGUCUCAUUGUGCAGGCAGUCUGGCGGUGGUCAGGACUCAUUCCUGCUGAUGAGCAGUUCCCCAGCUGUGCAGAGAGAGCUGUGUGGGUGGGAGAGGCGAACAAGCAGGGGGCUCCUUUUAAAGUGUGUCAGGGAGGUGCCCUGCAAAACCUUGUGCCACUGCUCCAGUUUGCAAGAGUGAGGUCAUUUACUCACCGAAUAAUCUGACAGGAGACCAGCUUCCACCAGCAGGCAGCCCAGCGGUGUGGGGCCAGAGGCACUAGACAAAUUCUCUGCAUGUACAGGUCCUGCAUGGCUGUCUCAUGGAACUGAUAUAUGAACAUAUAUUUUAUUUGCUCGUCUGUGCUGUACUUCAGAAAACAGCAGCUUUCGAACUUGUGGGAAAUGGCUCCCGGUUUCUUUCGUUUAGCGGGCUUUAACGGACCCUGUGAGCAGACGAAGGUGCUGAGCUGGCGUAGCGGCCGCCCUUAGCCCUCAGUCUCAGUGAUGUGCACGGUCGCUCCCCGUGGGCCAGGUUUCCCUCUCGGUCCUAUGAAAGCACACGAAUGAAGACUCCAAAGAAGAGAAUCGGAAAAGAAAAUCAAUCAAGGAAACGAUAAAAGCUGAAAUAUUUUCAUUUUGCUAUAUCUGUAAAUAAAGCUUGAUUUAUGGAGAUAAUGUGACACCUGUCAGUCUUUCCUCAUUGUACAGAGGUCAAUUGAUUUUUAAGAAAUUUUUUAAA